AUGCCAUUAUUCUUGAACAAAAAUCAAAAGCAAUAUACAACUGUUGAAGCUAAUCAGACAAGAAUGAUCACCAAAGUACGUCGGGUGAUCGACUUUGCAAAUGGACGCGUUAAGCAAUGGAAAUUCUUCAACAAUGUAGUUCCAAAUACGAUGAUAGAAAAUAUUGGCGAUUACUUUGCGACAGUAUGUGCACUAAUUAACUGCUAUCGAUCAGUGUUCGUUCGUGACACAAGACACGAUCGAGAAAUUGGUGACCGAAUUAUUGCAUUAGCUGAUGAAACAAACAAAAUGAAGACUUAUAUAGAUAAAUUGAAAGAUAAACAAGAAAAACUAAAAUGGGUGCCAAUGAAUGCAGCUAAUGUAAUUAACGACUUUCCGAAAAUGACAUUUGAUGAAUUACAAGAACUACCAUUAGGCUGUUAUCAGCUUAAACAGUCGAAGGCCUAUACAACCGAGCACUUAGGUCAAAACGGUAGCUUUCUAGUAAAAGUUACAGAUCAAAAGCAAGAUUUAUUACGAGCACAAAUACAGUCAAGACAUAACAAUGCUGUUAAAUAUGAUAUUUAUAUCCAGUACAACAAGAAAAAAGUUCUCGAAUGGUAUUGUACAUGUCCAAACGGAUCACGGUUGUUGGGUGUUAUGCCCACAUUGCUUCAGUGA